GUGAUGAUAAGCGCGUGAUCGCAUCUGUCAGACUUCAUCAAGGGUCUCCAGGGUCGAUCAGCGGAAACCAGCGUGCGCUUCUCGUUACCUUUGAUCCGGGUCACACAGAGCAGCAGCGCGCCUGAACGCACGGGAUGAGCGGAGGCUGACGGUGCGUGCGCACGGGGAUCCAGGUCAGAGCCGUUAUAAUAGAAGCUCUUUUGUUGGCGCUCUCUGGCCCGGAUCGGUUUCAUCUAAUAGUGGGUCUCUCUGUAAUCGACCACACCGUCAAAUUCGGUUUCUUCCCGCAAACAUUUCUUCAGAAGAAGCUGCGUCUGAUUUCAGCCGCGUUUCGCAGUCCACCGCACGCAGAUUCCGCGUUGCGCGCAUUCUUCUGUUUGCACAUCCGUUAUACGAGUCUGUGCUCAACAAAGGGCCGUCCAUAAAGAGCCUUUGACCAGUGAAACCCGAGAUCCUAAAAGCUCGCUGGAGGCCGAGGUAAAGCGCACUGGAGCUUCACAUCUGACCACGGCGCGAGGAGCAGCGCGGAGACGCAGCGCGAACGCAUGCUUGGUGAAGUUUGGCGCAGCGUUUCUUGGCACCGUCGCUUUUCCAGAAGCUCGCAGAUGAAUGAAACUCAAUCCGCGUUAAUCUGCCGCGCUCUGUAGGAGGUAUAUAGCGGCGAUGGACGCGCACUGAGCAUGUCCGCGGCGCGGCGCGCAUCACUCCCUCAACGACGACACCAUGGUGGAGCACAGCGGCCUGGACAUCGUGUGUCUGAACAAAUACAGCCCCGCUUCCUCCUCUUCCUCCUCCUCCUCCUCAUCGAACGCGGAGAAGAAACUUUUCUCCAAGCUCAAGGUGAGUUUGACCAAGAAGUACCCGCAGAAGAACGCGGAGACGCUGAGCGCGCAGUACGGAACCAACCUGCUGCUGAUCGGCGUGUCCGUGAUGCUCGCGCUCGCCCAGCACGGUCCCGCGGUGAAGAAGGAGCACCUGCUGGCCUUCAUCACGGCUCUGAUGCUCGUGCAGCUCGUGUGGAUGCUCUGCUACAUGAUCCGGAGGGAAGCGGGAGCGCGGUCCGGUGCCGGAGAGGGACGCGCACGCGGGCACCAGCUGGAUCCGAGGGGGGCUGACGAUGCUGGCGUUGCUGUCGCUCAUCAUGGACGCGUUCCGCAUCGGAUAUUUCGUCGGAUAUCAUUCAUGCAUCUCCGCCGUGCUCGGAGUCUAUCCUAUCGUGCACGCGCUGCACACCAUAUCUCAGGUGCAUUUCCUCUGGUUCCACAUCAGAGAUGUCAUCAAGAAAUAUGAAACGUUUGAAAGGUUUGGAGUGAUUCACGCCGUCUUCACUAACCUGCUGCUGUGGUGUAAUGGAGUGAUGUCAGAAGCGGAACAUUUUCUCAACAACCACAGGAGACGCCUGACUGCGCUGGGAUAUGCCAAUCUCUCCACAGGUGUGUGUGUGUGUGUGUGUGUGAGAGUGAGAGGACAAUAGUGUUUUUCAGAGUGCUCUGCUCAGUGUGGGAGGAGUCUGGGAUUUUUUCUUUGCUAUAGUCUCUCUCUCCCUCUCUCUCUCUCUCUCUCUCUUUCUCUCUAUUUCAUAAAAGCAGGUGUGUGUGGGCAUUUGUCACUGUUUAAAAUAAAAGUUCUUUAUUACUUUCAUGGUUGCACGAAAGAGCUUAAACAUCCAUUAAACCACUAAAAGUUCUUUAUAGUAGAAAAAUUAAAUCAGUUAGGAUUGGAAUGACAUGAGAAAUGAUGACUGAAUAAUAAUUUUAAGUGAACAAUCUCUUUACGCUGAGGUCAAUUUGAUUUUAAUACCUUUAUUCAUCAAGGACUCAUUAAAUUGAUGAAAGUUUACAGUAAAUGCAUUUAUAAUGUUACAAAAUCUUUUUGUUUAUUCAAUAUUUAAAAAAUUAUAUUCUUUUGACCUUUCUACUC